AUGCCCUCAGUGACUCCCGUGGCCAUGCGCGCCGGCGCCCGUCGAGUUGUCCGAUUGACCGCGCCAAUUGGCUCUACACCAACCCCGAAUGUUUGCCUCGCCAGUUCACGACACACUCACAUCACGGCUCGCAGCCUGUCAUCCACAAGAAACCUGUCGGCUUUGCCCGGUAGCGAUCGUAUCAAUUCCCCGAGGCGAAUCGGUCAGAAGAGCCUAGGAAGCAUUGGCAGCCAGCACUUGUCUUUGCAACGACGAGACUACACCGCGACCACCAACCCCAACCCGCCCCUGGGCAAGAAGAAUGCCUCGAACGAUGUUCCGUCCCGCAUUGGUUUGAUUGGAGCUCGAGGAUACACUGGCCAAGCCUUGAUCGAUCUCCUCAAUGAGCAUCCUUUGAUGGAUCUCCGGCACGUAUCCUCUCGAGAGCUGGCUGGUCAAGAGCUCGCCGGAUAUACCAAGCGCAAGAUUAUUUACGAAAACCUGUCACCCGAGGAUGUCGCUCAAUUGGACAAGGACGGCAAGGUCGACUGCUGGGUCAUGGCGCUCCCAAAUGGUGUUUGCAAACCCUACGUUGAGGCCUUGGACCAAGUCCAAACUCAGAAGGGUGGUGCCAAGGGCAGCGUGAUCGUUGACCUCUCCGCCGACUACCGAUUUGAGAGCUCCUGGGCGUACGGUCUUCCUGAGCUGACCAAGCGCUCUGAGAUCUACCAGUCUACCCGAAUCUCUAAUCCUGGCUGUUUUGCCACUGGUGCUCAGCUUGGCAUUGCUCCUAUACUAGACCACCUCGGAGGCGAGCCUAUCGUCUUUGGUGUGUCAGGGUAUUCUGGCGCUGGUACUAAGCCAUCGCCUAAGAACGAUGUUGAGCUUCUCACAAAUAACCUCAUGCCAUAUAGUCUGACAGGCCACAUUCAUGAAAAUGAGAUUAGCCAUCAUCUUGGCACGCCUGUUGCAUUUAUCCCCCAUGUGGCUUCUUGGUUCCGUGGCAUCCACCUUACUAUCAACAUUCCUCUUAACAAGAGAAUGAACUCACGCGACAUCCGCCAAAUUUAUCAGGAUCGCUAUGCUGGCGAAAAGCUUGUUAAGGUUGUGGGAGAAGCACCUCUGGUGAAGUCGAUCUACAAGCGGCAUGGUUGUGAGAUUGGAGGGUUCGCUGUUGACAGCACUGGCAAGCGCGUAGUUGUCUGCUCAUCGAUAGAUAACCUCAACAAGGGAGCCAGUACUCAGUGUUUGCAGAAUAUGAAUCUUGCGCUUGGUUACGCGGAGUUUGAGGGCAUUCCCACCAUGUAA